GUCAUCAACUCUGGCGUCCAGCCGCUCCAGAACCUGUCAGUGCAGCAGCAGGUCAAGUCUGCGGUCCUCCCGACCGGCAUCGACGUCGACGGCAGAGGCCUCGCGGCCGACAGGGUCGCGCGCGGGCUCGCCGUCUGCGAGAGGCUGGUGGCGGCAGCUGGCGGCCGCUUCGCCGCAGGCGACGUGCUCACAGUGGCGGACGUGUGCCUCGUGCCGCAGCUGUACAACGCCAGGAGGCUCGGCGUCGAGCUGGCCGCGUUCCCCGCGCUGCUGCGAGUGGAGGCCGCGUGCGAGGAGCUGCCGGCCUUCCGGGCCGCGCAUCCGUCGGCGCAGCCCGACCGCGACGCCUGA